UUGGUCGCUUUUAAUUAGUAUAAUGUGUGUACAUAAUCACUCGUCCGAAUGGCGGGAAACCCUUCCGAAUCAUUAUGACAUAACAAGCCAACGUUUGCGUUAUCAGCCGAUAACGUCACGCCGGCCGCUAAAAAUAUCCACCGAUUUCCCGCUCAAAUGCCGCCAACUUGUACUAGGGCAAGGUAAACUCAAAACUAUCCCCUUUUCUUACUUCACCUGUGUCGCAAGACACAAAAAGCGUCCUUGGAUGCCAUUGUUUGCGCGCCAAGUGGAAGUGGCUGCUAAAAUCGGCGAUUCGGCGCGCCGCCGGAGCGCGGGAAACCGAGCGUCAGUCAGUCGCUAGCGAAAGGCAAACGCGCGCGCACGGCACAGCCACGCCGCGCUUUUAGGUUAGAAUUGGCGCGCGCCAGGUGUUAUCUCUCCCCCGCUCUAACUCACGCGCUCCCCAACCUCCCUUUCUACCUGAGAACAGCUGUUUUCUCUCGGGAGAUUAUUAGUCAGAUGUUCGCGAACCAGUCCUGAUCACCUGACGCUUGCUAUGGCCGCGGGAGGACGGACGCCGAAACAGAGGAGAUUCGAAGUGUCUUCAGGAAUGGCGCCUUUGAGGAACGUCGCGAAUACACCAAGGAGACGGCGCGGGAGUUGCAAAUGUCUGUUUGGAGCGCCGGACAGGGAUGAAACAAGACGUUUAAUGGCGGAGCAGUAUUCGAGAGAAAGGAAGCGGUUUAUAAGAAGAUUCAACUUUGAUAUUGAGACAGAAUGUGCUUACAAAGCGUCUAAAAUGGACUCGCCAGUGAAGUUUUUGGAGGAGGAUAGUACGAAGUCUCCAAGGUCAGCGACGGAGGCGCUAGCGAGCGUAGGGAACACGGAACUGAGGAUGUUGUCGAGCCCACGGCGGGGCAGCGGCCCCAAUUCACCGCGAACACCACGUACGCCACGAACGCCACGAGCGGCACGUACGCCGCGAACCCCACGCACGCCGGCGUCGAGAAGACAGCUGCAGAUGACAGAUUAUUGGACGUUAAGAAAACGCACGGAGUCGGCGUCAAGCGAUAAAGAAAAUUAGAAUCUUAAAACUAUAUAAUACUUAUAAACAACUUGCUGUUCAUAAUAGCAUGUUUUAAAUUAUGUGCGAAAUGAAUUUAUUAUGUAUUUAUAUACCUAGCUGUAAUAUUAGGUAGAGUUUUCCUAAAUUGUACCUAACUGACCAUUUGGUUAUUUUUGAACCGAAGAAAUCAAAUUUAACUGGUUUUUAAACAUUUUAUAGAUUUUUUCUAGGUAUAAAUAGUGUUUUAUUUGCCUGUAUUUCAGAAUAAUGAAUUUUAGUCACUACUAUGUUUUACGUCCGUCACAGACGGAGCGAUAAUAUAUCGGCAGAUACCGUAAGAUACGGCAUGUUACGAUAUCUUUUACGUACUAUUUGACAGAUAUAUAUUACAGCUUCGUGAUCCACACACGAAGCUGUAAUAUAUAUUUUGGUAUCUUACGAUAUCUUAUCGCAAGGCAUCUUUAGGUACCUUAAGAUAUUAUAGCUCGGUAUAAUACGAUAUAUUUUGGUAUAUUUCGUCUCUUUCACAAUGUAGGUGCUAGACAGAGAGUGAUAUAUAUUUUGAUAUUGUUGGAAUGUGUGGUGCUUAGCGACACUCUAAGAUAUCUGUGGAUAUCUUACGGUAUCUGCCGAUAUAAUCGCGCCGUCUGUGACGGGCUUUAUUAUUUCCAUUUUCAUGAAACAGUAAGUUUGGAGUUUUAUUAGUGAACCAAACUACUUUUAACCUCAUAAAGGGGCCCACUGAUUAUCAGUCCGCCGGCCGCCUGUCAGUUUGAACAAAAAAUUUACAGUUCCGAACAACUAACAGGCCGAUAUCGUCCGGCGGACUGGUAGUCAGCGGUCCCCUUUAGAUCUGUAAUUAAUUUUACAUGGUUGACGAAAUAUAAUUUGCACCGAUCUCUCGAACAACUUGUAUGUCGAAUCGGUGCAAAUUUUAUUUCAUCAACUAGUUAUAUAUAAACUUAUAACAGCAUGUAAGCUAAGUACUCUUUAUUUUUUAGGUAGUUGUUGAAAUCAAAUUCUGUUAGUGAUGUUAAAAAUCAUUGUUGUCAGUUGUUUUCGCAGAAAAUAAUAUCAUUUACUUGUUUUAGAAUUUAAAAGUGUAUUUUGCUAUUCAGAACCAGAAAUUAGUUCUAAUUCUUACAAAUUAAAGGUUCAAUUCCAUUAUUUUUGUAGCCAUCCAAAUCGCACAGGAAUGGGGACACUAUCAAUGAAUGGUAGGUACUCAUUCCUGUUAAAAGAAUAUCCAAACAAAAUUUCAAAAUAAUGAAAAAUAUAAAGGUAUGAUUUUCUUCAGAAAACGCCCUUUUGAAUAUCAAACAAUGUGUUUACUAACUAAACAUGAAAUAGUACUUUUUUAUAAUUAAGUUUGUUUAUGAUCUAGUCUGUGAUCUCUGCAAUAAUUUCUUAUUUUACCGUAAAAUCCAAUGUGAACGCUUCCUAAUAAUCUGUCCCUUAGUUUUAAGAUCUGCUUAGUACUAUUUUAAAAUUAUUUGUCUAAUAUUUUUGUCUUGUUUUGUAGAACACACUCCAUAUUCUCUUUAGGGUCACGUGAAAUUGCGAGUACGAGUGGAUUGAAUAUGGCUAUUUUCAGAAAAUAUAUCUGCCAUCUAAUUUUCACGACCACACAAAAAACUUAAGGAAAAGGUGGUGAUAAUCAGACAAACACAGACCUACUUUCUGAGAAUGGCCUAAAAGAUAGGUAAAAGUUUCAUGUGGGUAUUUUACAAACAUGUAUAUUCCGAAACUAUAUAAAAUCGUAAAAUUUUGAGAUAUGAUUUUUAUACCAAUAGUUAGAACUAUGUUUGUUGCUGUUAUGUAUGAAACAUUUGUUCCUAGUGAUGAAAUUGUAAAUUAAUAUAUUAAGAUUCCAACUUUCUUCUAUAUUGAUUCGCAAUAACCGCAUUAAACUUUAUGUCCUUGUCCUCUCGUUACUAAAUUCCGGGGAAAUGUGGAACGUGGCAGCUUUUCGAUUUCUUUUUAAGAAACUGUAUUAGACUGCUUUAUUAAGUUCGAGUAACUCCAAUUGAUACGACAUGGUUUAUAAAUAUGUUUAAAGUGUCAUUUGUAGUUACAAUUAAAUUUAGUCAUAAGUUCAACAUAACAUAGCACAUAUUAGAAUACAUUUAUUAACUGAAAGUACUUGCCUAAAAAAUUUUUUCAUUAUUUUUGUCAUAUCUAAUUUUAGGUCCAAAAUUAUGUACUAUUUUUAUGCAUCAAAACAUUUUCAGUUCUUAAUACGUUCAACUUCCGUGACAGAAAAAAAAUAUCACGAUUUUUGGAAGAAUAUUUUCGGAAAUGCUAUAAUUUUCACACCUCAAAAACACCCUGUAUAUUUCGAUGAAUUAUCUUGUUUAUAUUAUUGUAUACGCUUAGAUAUGAAAUAAUUAGAAUAAUGAAAUAUUCCUACUUUUUUGGGUUAAACCCUACAACUUGGUGCGCAUUUACAAUUUUUUAAGAUGUGUUAAUAAUUAUUAAUAAAUUACGUUUUUGACCAAUUUUCAUAAUUUGUAAGUUUAUGUCCGAAUUUAGAUCCAAUAGUUGACUUCCCUAUUUUUGAUGUGUAUUCUAAUGAAUUUAAUAAUCUAAAUAUAUUUGAAUUAGGAAAUAUAAGUAGAUACCUACUUUAAUUUUUUUGGAAACUGUCGAAAAAUAGGAAAGCUUAAUUAUUUAACUCAUGCAUGAAAUAAUAUAAUAAACAAAUUAUUUGAAAAAUGGUCUCAAGAAGUCGGGUCAGCCAAACGUGUCACUAAAAUUGUCAUAAAAAGAGAAAGAGAAAAGAGGACUGCCUCUCUUUCUUACGCUGGCAUUCGAAGAAGGAGGCGAGUUUGUUUUUGUAGUCUGGCAAACCAAUUUCUCAGUAGAAAUGGCGGUUCGUCCCCUAGUAAUAUAUGAACUUCGCGCCUUUUUCUACAAAAAAAAAAUGGGUGUGCCUGACUAUAAUUAUUAGGUACUGACACGGUUGGCUGGCCAAACUAAAUAGUAGCUAUAACUUGAUGUCAUUUAAAAAGUUUGUGCUGUAUACUUGUAAAUCGUAUACUGUGGAAAAACGUUUUACUAAUUGAGAA